CUCGCUUUCUGUUUCGCUUCCGAUAUUCACUUCGUUUUGGUUUCAGGUUUGACAAGUUACCAUGGUAUCAAAACUUUCAUCUCUCGAUUCGGAAAGGAUUUCUGUGCGGCUGAACUCGAAGAACUAUUCGUUAUGGGCUUUUCAAUUUCGGAUGAUUGUUGAAGGCCGUGGUCUUCUUUCAAUCUUGGAUGGUACCGCUCCCCGACCUUCGAUUCCACCUUCUAUAGAUCAUGAUCUCACUCGCUGGACGCAGAACAAUGCUAGGAUCAUCUCAUGGCUACUUGGAUCGGUGGAUCCUUCGAUAGCCUUGGGGCUUCGUCUCUUCACUACUGCUCAUGAAAUGUGGACAGACUUGGCGGCCACAUAUAACACCAACACCACCACCAGCCGCUUUGAUAUUCAGUUCGCCCUUUCCCGUCUUCAUCAAGGAGACCUGGACGUGGCCUCAUACUAUAAUGAUGCGAAGCUGCUGUGGACAGAGCAAGACUUGCUCGAUGCUUCUUUGGACGGAUCGGCCGCCACAUCUGCUGCUGCUCUUGCCGAUCGCCAACAGGCACGGAUGCUUCAUUUUUUUAUCCAACUUACGGCCAGAAUUUGAAGCUGUGUGUUCGUCCUUACUCAAUAGGGAAAAUCUGAAAUGGGUUGGGGUGUUGAGCAACCUCAUUCGAGAGGAAACUCGGCUUCUCACGCAGGCGAAAAUUGAUAUCCGCCCAGGCUCUGCAAAACCUGCUUUUGCCGCCAAAUCCUCGCCCGUUCCGGACUCUAUCGCGGGGUCAUUCUCCUCGGCUGCUCCUCAUGCUUUUGCAGUGGUUCGCCCUCAGUUUCAACGAUUUCGGUGUCUGAAGUGGUUUGCCAUUAUUGCCGCAAGCCUGGACAUGUUCAAAAGUUUUGCUGACAGAAGAAUUUUUGCUACUAUUGCAAAAAGAAUGGCCACAUUAUCUCGGAAGGUGAGAUGAUUAACUGGCGGUGCAAGAAGCAAGACAAGGUAUCCAAGUCCUCCACGGAGGCUGAGUAUCGUGCGAUGUCCGACGUUAGCUCAGAGCUUGUCUAGUUGCAGAGGUUGUUGACAGAUUUGGGUGUUCACUGCGCAUCCCCCAUGCUUCUCCAUGUUGAUAAUACCAGUGCCAUUCAGAUUGCCGUCAAUCCGGUUCCACAUGAUCGCAUGAAACAUAUCGAGGUGCAUAUUCAUUAAAUUCGGGAUUUAGUUCGUGAUGAGGUGAUUCAUGUUCGCCAUGUGAUGUCUGAGCACCAGCUCGCUGACUUAUUCACUAAGCCGUUCUCGUGUGCUCGGCAUCGGUUUCUGUCUAGCAAAUUGAUGCUUCGGGAUCCGCAUCAAUUUGAGGGAGGCUGUUAGUGGGCUUAAUCAUCUCACCUUGUAUGUAAUGUGUAGUUGGGUUUCGGCCCACAACUUCCUAGCCGAUGUUGCCCUAGAAAAGACAGCUAGGGGUGUGUGGUGAAUGUAUAUAUUAGAGUCUUGGUGAUCUGUAGAAAGACUAAGAGAGAAAAACCUAGUAAGAUUACAGCUCGGAGAGUACUACCUCUCCCGUGGACUAGUCCUGAUCAUCGGGGAAACCACGUAAACAGUGUGUCUCGCUUUCUGUUUCGCUUCCGAUAUUCACUUCGUUUUGGUUUCAGGUUUGACAAGUUAACACGACUAUCCGUCCAACUCCGUUAACUUUGUCUGAUGUCAACUCUUAUAAUUGACCGCUAAAUGUGUGACAUGACAAUUAAAAUAUAAUAAAAAAUAAAUUUUUAUCUUUAAA